CGUGCGCCUCGGACAGGGAAUGGCCGUGUCUCUGCGCUCCGGCACCGGCUGACACACUGACAGCGCUGCGUUCUAUCACGGCACUGCUCCGAGCUGCACUGGACGUGGACUGUACGCUACAGGUGCCUUUGGUAGCCUCCCACUGUGAACUUGGCACACGCACUCUGAAACCCACUGGGAGGUCUGAAGCAACCUUUGAAGGCCUCAGGUGUGAUGCUGGUCGGUGGCGGGCUGAGAGAGAUGAAGACAUGUGUGUUUCUGGCAGCUCUGCUGCUCCCCAGCAUCCAAGCAGUGUGUCCAGAUAAGGAGCCGGGACUGCAGCCCUGGAUGCCAGGACACAGUGAAGACCACCGUGUUACCAUCGGCUAUGGCAGAAAGGUCCUCCUCACAACCUCAGCUACAGUCCACUCCAUUGAGAUUCUCAAUGGGGGAAAGCUGGUGAUUGCUGACACCAACCGGCCCAUACUACUUCGAACAAAACACAUUCUGAUUGGGAACAAAGGGGAGCUGCACAUCGGAAGCACAGACUGUCCUUAUAAAGGCAACCUUACCAUCUCCCUUUUUGGAAGAUUGGAUGACAGUGAUCAGGAACACAGCUACUUUGGGAGAAAGUACAUUGGCGUGGGGACAGGCGGGACUCUCGAGAUCCAUGGAGAAAAAAAGCUGGCGUGGACGUUCCUCAACAAGACUUUCCAUCCCGGAGAGAGCAACCAAAACAACUACCUGUUCCAGAGAAGCUGGGGGAACCGAGGCAUCAUUAUCCACGUAGUCGACCCCAAGACCGGAGAGGUGCUGCACGAUGACAGGUUUGACACAUACCGUAGUAAGGAUGAGAGUCGUCGCCUGGCAAAGUAUGUGGAUGGUGUGCAGGCGGGCCUCAUACUGGCCAUGGUGGUCAAUGACGAGGGCUCCAACAACUUGGAGGACUCAGCCAAGAAGAGUCUCACCAGGCUGGGCAGCCAGCACAUCAACAGCCUGGGAUUUCGACACCCCUGGACUUUCAUAGUGACCAAAGGUGAUGCUUCUACUGUUGUGGAGGAUCACGCUGUCUAUCAAGGAACCAAGGCCUCCUCAGAAGCCCUGAGCUCUCGUGUGUUUCAGACGAGUUAUGGGGAGCAAUUCACCAUCACCACCAGCAGCCAGUGGGUUCAAGAGGCAGAGUGGACGGAGUGGUUUGACAGGGAUGAUGAGAGGGGAUCUGGAGACUGGGAGAAACUGUCUGACCUGCACGAGGCCUAUCCAGACCGUCUGUGUGGCAGCCCGCUGGGCAUCCAGGCUGAAACCCAUGAUGGCAUACCAUCCAACCAGACAGGAGACGUGAUCCAUAAGAAUGACAAAGACUACGGCUUUGUCUGCCUCAACAAAGACCAGGCUCACGGCCUCUGUCGCAACUACAGGGUCCGUUUCCUGUGUGGAAAACUGGUUCGUCCACAGGCCUCCAUCUCCAUCGACAUGUUGACCAACAGCAGCAUCCUAGAGCUCGCUGACCAACCAGAGGGCUGGGGGUCCGGGGAUCAGGUGGUGGUGGCCAGUACCGACUACUCCAUGCACCAGGCUGAAGAGUUCAGCCUGCUGCCCUGCCCUACAUGCACAGCCAACCAGAUCAAGGUCCAAGGUAAGCCCCAGUUCAUCCACAUGGGUGAGGAGGUAGAUGGGGUGGAUAUGAGGGCGGAGGUUGGCCUGCUGAGUCGUAAUAUCCUGCUCCGUGGUGAGAUGGAGCCUGGCUGCUAUGGCAACGAGGCCUGCAAAUUCUUUGACUUCGACACUUUUGGAGGACAUCUGAAGGUGGAGCGGGGCUUCAGGGCAGUUCAUAUUUCUGGGAUGGAGCUGCAACACAUGGGUCAGCAGACAAUGGGACACUACCCGGUCCAUUUCCAUAUGAAUGGCGAUGUGGAUGAGAGGGGAGGCUACAACCCCCCGACCUCCGUCAGCGAUCUGUCCAUCCACCACUCCUUCUCCCGCUGCCUUACCAUCCAUGGCUCCAACGGGCUACUGGUGAAGGAUGUAGUGGGCUAUGACACGCUAGGCCACUGUUUCUUCACGGAGGACGGUCCAGAGGAGAGGAACACCUUUGACCACUGUCUGGGUCUGAUGGUGCGAGCCGGGACCCUGCUGCCUUCAGACAGAGACAGCAAAAUGUGCCGUGACAUCACUGACGGCGCUUACCCAGGAUAUGUGGCCAACCCCCGCCAAGACUGCAGCGCAACUUCAACUUUCUGGAUCGCCAACCCCAAUAACAACCUCAUCAACUGCGCUGCUGCAGGCUCAGAGGAAACAGGUUUCUGGUUCAUCUUCCACCAUGUGCCCACUGGCCCCUCAGAGGGGCUGUACUCCCCAGGACGCACUGAACACACACCUAUGGGCCAGUUCACCAACAACAGAGCCCAUUCCAACUACAGGGCUGGAAUGAUCCUUGAUAAUGGAGUAAAGACCACCCUGGCAAACGACAAGGACAAGAGACCCUUCCUGUCUCUGGUUGGAGCCAGGUAUGGCCCACACCAGGAUGCCGACCCCUUCAAACCCAGAGUCCCUGCUCUAAUCCACCACUUCGUAGCCUAUAAGAACCAGGACCACGGAGCCUGGCUGAGAGGAGGGGAUGUCUGGCUGGAUGACUGCCAAUUUGCUGAUAAUGGCAUUGGCCUCACUCUGGCGAGUGGAGGCACGUUUCCAGAUGAUGACGGCUCUCAUCAGCAAGUGAAAAACUCAUUGUUUGUUGGUGAAAGUGACAACCGUGGGAUGCCCCUCCCUGACAACCGGAUCUGGGGCCCCGGCGGUUCUGACCUGAAUGGCAGAACCCUGCCACGUGGCAUUGAUUUUCCUAUCCGGGGCAUGCAGAUCUACGACGGGCCCAUCAACAUGCAGAACUGCACAUUUCGGAAGUACACAGCACUAGAUGGACGGCACACCAGUGCCUUUGGCUUCAGGCUCAACAACUCAUGGCAGAGCUGCCCCAACAAUAACGUGACUGAUAUCACCUUUGACCACGUACCUAUCACGUCUCGGGUGUUUUUCGGGGAGCCGGGUCCCUGGUUUAAUAAGAUGCAGAUGGACGGGGACAAGACGACCAUCUUCCACGAUAUGGACGGCUCAGUGAGCGAGUAUCCCGGAGCCUUCCUGGUUAAAGAGGACAACUGGCUGCUCCGUCACCCCGACUGCAUCGACGUGCCCGACUGGAGGGCCGCUAUCUGCAGCGGCCGCUAUGCACAGAUCUACGUCCAAACACGUAACCCGGCCAACCUGAACAUGCACAUAGUGAGGAACGAUUACCCUAAUCGGCCCCUGACACUAGAGGGCGCCCUGGGUAAGCGGAAACACUACCAGCAGUUCCAGCCAGUGAUCACGCUGGCCAAAGGCUACACCGUCCACUGGGACCAGGCGGCGCCUGCUGAGGUCACCAUCUGGCUCAUCAACUUCAACAAAAAUGACUGGAUCAACGUGGGCCUCUGCUACCCACAAGGCACCACCUUAACCAUCAUCUCCGACAUCCACAACCGCCUGACCAAACAGACCCGCAAGACAGGCGUCUUCAUGAGGACGACGCAGAGGGAGAAGAUCAACCACUCUCAUGUGGCCAGAGGAUACUACUACUGGGAGGAAGACACUGGCCUGGUUUUCCUGAAGGUGAAGGCCCAUAAUGACAGGGAGCAGUUUGCCUUCUGCUCUGUCAAGGGCUGUGAGAGGGUGAAGAUCACAGCCGUCAUUCCUAAAGGCAGUCCACCCAGCAACUGCAUGGCCCAGGCCUACCCCAAACACGCUGAGCUGCCCGUCGUGGAUGUACCCAUGCCCAGAAAGAUACCCAACGCCGGGCUGAACACACCAGAACACUUCCUGGAGGUCAAACUGGAGUCCUACAACACUCGCUUCUUCCACAUCAAGGAGGACUUUGCCUUUACUGAGGUGAAUGGCAGGAAGUUGUACCAACCAGAAGAUGGGGUGCAGCUAACAGUAAUUGGCGGGCAUGAUGGGAAGGUGGUGGAGAGCAAAGGCUUCAGGAACUCCAUCCUACAGGGCAUCCCUGCACAGAUAGACAACUACGUCAGUGGACUGAGAGACGGUUCCAUCGUCCUCAUUACAUCUAAGGGCCGUCUGGUUACCAGAGGAUCCUGGACCAAAGUCCUGGAGAGACUUGGAGCAGACAAAAGCAUCAAAUUGAAAGAUAAGCUGGCUUUUGUGGGCUUCAAGGGCUCCUUCUACCCUGACUGGGUCCAUCUGGAGGUGGACACCGAUCGAGCCAAGAUCCAUCAGGUCCUGCCUGUCCCUGUGGUCCACAAGAUGAAGCUAUGAGUGGCAGGCAGAGUGGGGAGGACAGCCAACAGACUAUGUAGCCCCCAGAUGCUGACUCACAUAUACUCCCCGAAAUAAAUGUACAGACACACACUUACACAUACACAUACACACUGCCAGCACUACAGAGUCAGUGCUUCAAGCCAUUGGUCCAGGAUCAAGCGGUGUUUUUUCUAGGUUUGGUGGUGAGAAAACUGAUGUGAUUUGGUGUGUUGAAAAGGGGAAGACCCUCUCCCAGGGCUCGCACUGCCCAUGAUGAACUGCAGCAUCAUGGGCAGCCCAUUAGCAGAGGGCUUUACGCUGACAACGCAUCCUCUGGUGGCCAUGGUGGAGGUCUGCAGCUCUUCGGCGACAGUGGCUCAAAACAGCCAGUGGUGUUUACAGAAAUUCGGCUGUCUCCACAGACAUUUAUAGACAUGAUUGAUAUCGGUUCUGUUUCUGACUCAACGUUGUCAUUGCAUUACUAACAUCAUUGUUAUGUUUACAUCAUUUUAGCUCGUUAGAUGAACUAACCAUUGGAUUUGGUCAGCAACCCAUUGCUGCUGUGCUGUCAAAACAUCUGUUUCGCGCUCAGGCUAACAAGGACAUUAAUUCAGUUUCUUGUUAGCUCUCUGACAAAGCCAAACUGACUCCUCUAAAGCUACACCUAGAAAAGCCUUAGCAUAGACAAAGGGGCUAAAGACAGUUCAACCUUUGACAUUUUGUUCUUCGUCUGUCUGCUGAAGGUCUUUGCGAUUGGUUUACCCCAGGACUCUGACAUCUACAGCAAAAAUGUCAAUACCCUUUAGCGUUAGAUGACAGUGCUGUUAGGUGAUGCUGUUGAGGUCAGGCUGUACUUGGACUUAGGUAGUUCAUACAUUGUCCUAAAGGCAAAAUGAACAGUCUCACAUUAAGGCAGAAUGAAAGGUCUGCUGUUAUUAAUAAGGGCAACAUGCGAUGAGUGUGCCCCCUCCAAUAAAGCUGUAAGAUUUCACAGUCCGACGGUGCUGUUCAGUGACUACAUGCACAAACUGUAGCACAGACCCAUCGUCUGUAGCUCCCCUGAAUGGCCAUUACUCCUGUUCUGCGACCUUGGCAGACUACCAGGUGGAAUCUGUCUCCUGACCCACUUUUGUCUCAAUCCCAUUCAAAAAGAAAGAGCAGCACUAGCAACUCAUUUUUGCACUUUCGCAAAAUUUUGGCCCUCUUUGGCACUGUUGUGCAAACAGCUAUGAGUAUCUAGGGAGAGCUUUGUCGCCUCUGGUUUGUCUCUGUGACCCAGCAAGGCUCCUGACCUGGAAUGGACAAACAACCAGUGUGGACUCAAGGCCUGGGUGAACUUGAAAACAAAUUAGUUUGUGUCGUCUGACCACCUCUUGUCAUGGAGAGGAUCAUGGUGCAAUAAUAUGAGUAAUGGUGCAGAGAGAUAAUGCAGUUGGUUAUGCAGGGUUUAGACUUAACUGGUACUGAAAGAGUUAGACCAGCUACACAGAACUAGAGAUGAGCAGUGAGACGCCUGUUGAGCAGUGUUGCAGCUUCAGUGGACGCACUUUGCUGCUGGCAUGCUGCAGCAGAUGUGUUGUCUGUACCCCGUUUAUUUUUCACUCAGAGCAACGUUGGACAGGUGCCCUUCCCCAGAUACAUCCUCCAUCUCUUGCCAGUAAUCCUGAAACUUUCCCAGGCCAUGUGGGAUAUAUAAACCCUCAAGCUUGUUCUGGGUUCUGGUCCCGGGGUCUCCUCCCACUGGACGUGCCUGAAAUGCCACCAGAUCAGAUGGCUGAACCAGCUCAACUGACUUCUUUCAAGAACUCAACUAAAACCAGCCAAUAACAGAUAGAGCAACUUCAAUUGGAACAGGGAAGACUGUAACCACUAAUGAGCAAUGUACAGCCGAUUGGGUAAAAAGUUUUAAGGGGGUUCAAACACCCAGUGACUCCCCAGUGAGAUGGAAAAACAGUCUUGGGUAGGUUGUCCAACCAAUAGCUACGUCUGUUACGGGUCUAUGUAGAGGCUCACAGAGCUGGAGUUAUAAAUGACUCUAACUUACCUCCUACCAAUGACAAUCAUACACAAAUAUUUUGGAUUAGCAGAAAACACGAUGCCAUCCACUUUAGAAUUCACACAUAUGAUUUAUAUUCAGCGCCAGUGCUCUGCCAGUGCAGAGAUGUAUAACAACUACAAGUUUAUGCAAACCAUUGCCAAACUGACCACAACGAGACGCAAAACCACCACAACUUGAAAGUUCAUGUUUUAAGUUAACAAGAAGCCGCUUUACAAAGUGGUUUGACAGCCCCAAAGUUGUUUUCAGUCCAGCUUGGGCCACACCACAGUUCAUUUUACAGCUUUCACACCAGUUUAACCAAACUGAGUUUGUUUGAACUUGUGCUCAGCUCUAAUUGUUUAUAGUGUCACGCCCCGUCCUGCACUGGCAUGGAGCACGAGAAAUCUACAGAAAUCUGUAUUACAAAGAGCUGUGUGUGAUUGUCGUUUGUUGGAGACUAGGUAACCUCCAUAUUAGAUAUAUCAGAUUAUUCCUUUUUUAUUCCUUUUUCACAUUGAUCAUGUCCAAGAGUCUCUUCUUGCUGACUGGCUGUUUGAUAUUUACAUAUUAUCAACUACUACAACCCUCCAGUGGACCUCCAUGAUGUCAGCCACGGUUGCUAGGUCAUUUAUGAUGCAAAUGCACAGCCUUUAUAUGAACAGAGGGAGCAAAUACUAAGUGUGGGCCAGCUAAUCAAACGCAUGUAUAAUGUAUGUGUAUCAUCCUACCCAUGCAGGUCUCUGUGCUGUGUGACAGAUGUAAAAGUUGACUGGUUUUACGUCUUGCAGUGUUUGACUAAACUGUUUAAAGAAAGAAAAGAGAAGAAGAAAAAAACAGAAACAUUCCUUGUUUUGCAUUAAGACCUGUGGUUGUUGUUUCAUUCCAAGCGCUUGAUAUUGUGAUGUUUUCCUCCCAUGUUUUUUUCAUAUCAGUGUUUGUGAUCCAUCCGUCUGUGUUUUUGGAGUGAACCAGCAAGAAGCCAAUAAUAAUACAAAAUAUUAAAUUAGCAACUGAAUGUUAAAUCAGGGAGUUUUUAAAUGUGCAAUUUCCCUAUUUGAAAAUGACGGAGAAAUCUUCGUUUCAAUCUGGCAGAAAAAAGGAUUCCCCCUUCCUUUGCCGAAAUAGCUGGUCUUUUUUCGGAGGUUGUAGCAGUAAUUUAGUGUUUUGUAUGUUUAAUGUGUUUUUAAAAAUCCACAGAUUGCUAAGAGAUAUAUUUUAUACUUAUUUAUUGUACAGACGCAGUUGAUCCAAAUCUUCAAGGGACAUCUUUUGAGUUCUAAUGUAAUUACUGUCCUGUAUGUAUACUGUAUGUAAGACACCAUUAUAGCUCCAUUUUAAAAGAUUUAUACCAGACACGCUGCAGACAUGCGCAUGACUCUUGGUAUAGUUGGCUUGUUUUAACUGUACACCAAAUGGAUUUGUUGUAUAUGUGGCUUACGCUUGUAAAGUAAUGAAGCUCCACUCUUUGAAUUUCUUUGAGGACUUUUGUACAGAAAUAAACGAUGCUGAACAGUU